AUGUGUUCCAAGGUUCCCAUCGCGUUCCUGCUGCUGGGUGCGGCCGUGGUCUUCUCGGCCCCGCCUCCUCCGUACCACGCCACCAAGGCACCGGUCCAGUACGAGUACCAGUACGCCGUCUCGGACGAAUACGCUGGGCUCGAUUACGGCCAGACGGAGAGCCGAAACGGCUACGAAACGACCGGCUCGUACCACGUGCUGCUACCCGACGGCCGCGUGCAGCGGGUACAGUACAGCGUGGUCGGCGAUCAGGGGUACGACGCUGAUGUCACCUACGAGGGUGAAGCCAAGGAGUACCAGCCCGCUCCCAAGUGA